CCCACACCCAGUCGUGUCCAUGAGGGACUGAUUAGUCAGGAGGUGGUGAGAUGGUAGUGACACCGGAAUUGCCCGUGACGAGGAGCGUGUCAUAAAAUGAUUGGGAAUAUCAUCGACGUUACAACUUCAUUCGCUUGAGUUCAAUCGAAUUGAUUUUAAUCCAGAGAUGAUGUCAUGAUGAAUUUGGUGGGUUAUUCUGCGUCGUUGAGUUAGUCACCAUGGGCUCCAGGUUGAGGGAGAAUGUCAAACAUUUGUUCGAGUGCUUCUGCGAAGUGGCUGCUCCGGUGGGCGAGAAGGCCGCCUGGAUUCUCCAGAGGUAUCCUGAUAGCUUCGGGGAUCAGGAGCUACUGAAGUCGGUGCCGAAAUUCGCGUAUCCAUGUGAAUUCGAAAAUUCAAUGGUCCAGCACUUCUCCUUCGUCCUAACGAGUAUUGAUUCGAAGUGGACAUUCGGUUUCUGCAGGCAUGACCCUAAAACUGAGACUGCUCUGGUAGUGCUCAGCUCGCUCCCUUGGCACGAGAUGUUCUACAAAUUACUGAAUCAUAUAGCGACAUUGACAUCGAGUUCAAACAGCGGAGACCUCUGGAAAUUCCUCGGUGAUGUUCACGCCAGUAAUGUCCCAAUGCCAGGAACAUCAGUGACGAUUCCCCUGCCUGAUCCCAAUGUUACCUACGUCUGCCAAAGCCCCAAGCAAUUCCAAUUGCCCAGUAUACCAGAGAAUCGUAAUUUAACUGAGUACUACAGUGCUGUUGAUGCCCACAAUAUGAUGAUUAUUUUCGCAUCGAUGCUGUACGAGAGGAGAAUAAUAUUCACGUCUAAGAGAUUGUCGAGGCUGAGUGCGUGUGUGCAGGCCUGCAAUGCCUUGAUAUAUCCCAUGAUUUGGCAGCAUAUUUAUAUACCAGUUCUACCACUUGCUCUAAUGGAUUAUCUAUUAGCACCCAUGCCGUUCUUGAUCGGUGUGCCCACUCCAAUUCUUCAGAGGGUUCAAAAGGGUGAUUUAGGUGAUGUGGUGAUUCUCGAUGCUGACAGUAAUUCCAUAGAAUCUCCAUUCCAGGACCUAGAGUCCUUGCCUCAGGACGUGGUCACGAAUUUGAGAAAAGCAUUGCGUAACAGGCCAGCACUUCUGGGCGACGGUGUCUCAAGAGCAUUUUUACGUGCCUUGGUACAGCUGACAGCUGGCUACAGAGAAGCGCUGACACUUCAACAGGGUGAACGUAUUACCUUCGAUCAAAAUGCAUUCGUCGAGAGCAGGCCCUACUCCAUGCAGCCGUUUCUAAGAAAAAUGCUGGAGUUACAAAUUUUUCAGCAAUUUAUAGAGGAAAGACUGCACAUGCUCAACUCAGGUCUCGGUUUCUCGGAUGAAUUUGAAAUGGAGGCGUGUACUUAUUCGGACAAAUCGAGUAGUAAAUUAAUGCAGCAAUAUCGUGAAUGGACGUACGCAAUGAGAAAGGAGGGCUCGGCAUUCUUCCGGAGUGUCAAGGACAAAGCCAAUCCCGCUGUUAAAUACGCUGUCAAGUCGGUUAAGGAUAAGGGUAAAGAUAUGAAAACUGUGUACAAGGGAUUGAAAUGGAAAGGUCGUUCGAGGGGCAGUGAAAAUAGCAUGCGCUUCCAUCAGCCUCGAUCCGCACCGAGCUCACCCACACUGGAUAGGCGGACUAGUAUGUUUGGAAGUGGUUCUAAAUCACCCAGUGGGUUCACAGCCACUACCAGCUACAGGAAGGAACUCAGGAUCCGUAAUAGUAAUGUUCCUGAUACAAGCAGGAAGCAAUACUCACCGUUGAGUCCAGGCUCCCCAGAGGAGCCAGACUCACCCCCAGAGCGCUUGAACAUAGAUCUCAUGAAUGAACUGCAAGACGUUAUCUUCCCGAAUACUCCACCUGUCGACAGAACCUUGAAACCAGUGCGCAGUUUAGACAGCUUGAGACCUGCAUGGAGCGGGCGCUUGCGGCACGGCUCACCCUCAUCCAUUCCCACGAGUGAUGCAACCCACUCCCCAAAACAUCCACCCAAUUAUCUCAUCCCCCCAUGUCAAAAGAUACCAUCGAAACUAGCCAAAAAACCGACUGAGAGAGUCAUUAAACAUAAUAAAUCACUCGAUAAACCACCAAAAGUCGAAUCACCAGUUGUGAAUGAGUACAUAAACCCCAUAACAAUAGCAAAUCCAUUCGUGAAUGGUGUAACAACACCCCGUAAUCCAUUUCGCGAGGACAUAUUUCAAGUUGAUGAUGCAUCAAAAGUUACGAAUGACCCGUUUGACACCAGUCAAGUGCAUUUACCACCUCUCCUACCAAAAAUAUCAAUUCAAGCCCCGAAUGUUUCCACGAGUGGUAACACUCCUCCCUCGUUAAAAUCCGACCUCUGCUCAACUAAAGUUAAGGGAACAUCAGAAGUGCAAGAUCUAAUCCGCCUAGACUCAACAAAUAGUGACGACGACUUCGACCCCCUCCUCUCAAAGUCCUUCAUGGACCCAAAGCAAAUGACCCAGUCCCUGCACAUACCCCAGAUGGGGGAGGGCCUGAGCAAUCCCCUGUACCCCUAUUUUCUACCAAAACACAGUAGCAAUGACUGCAGUCAUGGCGCCAAUUCCACCGAGAAACUCGGUGACUUUGAUCUGCUCCAGGAGUACGGACUGGACUUUAACAAAUUCAGUCUAACGAAUGGUGCAGCCUCGGCGAGAAGAAGUACCACGUGCAGUCAGGAUAAGGAUCCCAGUGAGAGUACCGACGAUGUCUUCAGCACGUCCUUCACAGCAUCAACAACAAAGUCCCAGAACAACUGGACGAAAUUCGAUUGAAAUCGAUAUAAAAUCGGUUGAAAUUGCUGAAUUUCCAUUGUCCCAAGCUUCACAGCCACUUCCGCUGACAUAUCAUAAUUUGUACAUAAGAAUAAAUCCGUUGAUUCGAUUAUUUAAUUGAUUAUAAACCGAGAAAUUAUAAGAGAUGAGUGAAUAGGUGAUAAUUGUUGAGCAAACGAACAAUUGAACGUUCAUUUAUUGUUUAAAUUGCGUCAAUUUUAAAAACAACACAGUGUAAAUAUUUUUUAUAGUUGAAUCAAAUUGUUUGUUACCGAAGAUUUUUUUGUCCCCAGUUUUAACGAGCCAAUUAAAACUUAGUGAUUAAAUUAAUUCAAUUAGCUAAUACGUUGAUAUGUAUAUUUUAGAGAGUAUAUACAUAUAUAUAUUAUGGAUGAAUUAUUGGCGUGUGCCAAUGUGGGCAGGAUUUUACACUGAAAAAUAUCAACGACGAAAAUUAUUACGAUUGCAUCAUGAGACCAGUGCAAUUUAUUAUUGCCGAGUUCAAUUAAAUUUACAACAAUAGAAAGUAUUAAUCGUAAAUUAAUGGGAAGUGAUAAAGGGGGAAAUACUCGAAUUUAUCGAACUGUUUUUUUGCUCGAGGGUAAUUCUAUCCGAUUACGACUCAUUAUCUUCCAAUAAUUAAUUUUUGGGGGAAGUGGGGAAUUGAGAUAUGUCGAUUUUAAUUUGUACAUUGCAAAAUUUUCGUAGACACUUUGUUAGAGAAAAAAAAUCUGAGUGCACACUCUUCUAUCUAAAACUAUACUAUUUUACUCUAUUUCCUCUGGAAAUAGGUCUGAUUAUUAACGUCCUUACCUACUUUCAAUUCCACGAUAUCUGCAAAUUCUUUAAGAAAAUCGACUCAUCUCCUUUCACCACUUCCCUAUAGUCUCGUAAUACAAAUUAAAAUUUUUUCUAACUAAUAAAUACUGUAAACAUGCAUUGUAUACCAUUUACCGACAAUAUCUUUUAUAAUAGAAAACGACGCAGAACAACCAAAAGUGAAACCGAAUGAAUUAGCACAAGAAUAAACAAUAAUGAAGUUUGA